UCCUGCUCGGAAAUGACAGAGAUAAAGGCUGGCCAAGGUGGAACAUUUUUCCCCGUGGAUUUUUUAAAUUAUUAUUAUUAUUUUUUUAUAUGCGCGCCUAUUUCACUUAACUAAACCGAAGCCACGACGACGUGUCCAGCACAAGCUACAUUCCAGAAGCAAACAUCAGUCAUCUUCAAGUCACGGCACUCGUUGUUUUUUUUUGGCCUACUUUAGCCUAGCUGGCCGGUGUAAACAAUCCGCUGGACACCACCAGUUCACAAAGCUGCAAGGCACGUUGUCAAGCGUUCAGCAAUCAAGUGAGGAAAAUAUCCGCAAGUACCAACCGAGCUGCAGUAAAGUUCCAGGAGGAACUUUGCGAGGUUAAAGAGGAGCCCCCACGUCAGCAACACUCGACUGUAUGCAAAGUAAUGCACGGAAAGGUUGUUCUUAACAGACAAGAAGGUUUCAGAAAGUAUCUUGGUGCUGAGCGGCAGGAGCUAGAAUCUUCUGGCGCUAAAGAGGAUGUUGAGCUCCCCAAAAUCAAAGAGGAGGAGGAGCCAGAGCCAGAUCAACAAGAGGAGAAAGAAGAGCAACUUCCAAUCAAAAAGGAGAAGGAGGAGCUGGCAUAUGUUAAAGAGGAGGAAGGUAUAACCAGGUCGACUGGUGAGCUCUUGAAGAGUGAAGAUGGUCCGAGUGAGGCCGGCAGAGGGGCGGAGCCGCCAAUCGGUAGCAGCAGCAGUUCAACAGAAGGAUUGCAAGCAGACAUUUACAUUGCUCCAUCAGACAGAAAUGGCACAGCGUCACACUCACCUUACAGUGAUGAUGGUCAUAAGAAAUCACACGGUGACGACAAACUCUGCAAAUGCUCUCAGUGUGGGAAUAACGUAGCUAAUAAGUAUACUUGUCUUAGGCAUAUAAGGAGCCACACUAGUGAAAAAUCUUUUUCCUGCUCCGUUUGUUGUCAAAGAUUCAGUCACAAGAGCACAUUAAAAAUACACACAAGAACUCACACUGGCGAAAAACUUUUUUCCUGCUCAGUUUGUGGUCAAAGAUUCAGUCGAAAGCGACACUUAAAACAACACUCAAGAACCCACACUGGCGAAAAACCUUAUGUCUGCUCAGUUUGUGGUCAACGAUUCAAUAGAACGCAACACUUAAAAAGACAUAUAAGAACCCAUACUGGUGAAAAACCUUUUUCCUGCUCAGUUUGUGGUCAAAGAUUCAGUCAAAAGCAUCACUUAAAAGAACACUCAAGAACUCACACUGGUGAAAAACCUUUUUCCUGCUCAGUUUGUGGUCAAAGAUUCAGUCGAAAGCAUCACUUAAAACAACACUCAAGAACCCACACUGGCGAAAAACCUUUUUCCUGCUCAGUUUGUGAUCAAAGAUUUGCUCAAAAGAAAACCUUGAAAACACACGAAAGAACCCAUACUGGAGAAAAACUUUUUUCCUGCUCAGUUUGUGGUCAAGGAUUCUCUCAAAAGCAAAAUUUAGUCACACACGAAAGAACCCACACUGGAGAAAAACCUUUUUCCUGCUCAGUUUGUGGUCAACGAUUCUCUCUAAAGCAAAACUUAAAUCGACACACAACAACCCACACUGGUGAAAAACUUUUUUCCUGCCCUGUUUGUGGUCAAGGAUUUGCUCAAAAGAAAACCUUACAAACACACGAAAGAACCCACACUGGAGAAAAACCUUUUUCCUGCUCAGUUUGUGGUCAAGGAUUCUCUCAAAAGCAAAACUUACAAAGUCACAAAACAACCCACACUGGCAAAAAACCUUUUUCCUGCUCAGUUUGUGGUCAAGGAUUCACUCGGAAGGAUCGGAUUAGACACGUGUGUGUGUUGGUGUGAUAAUGACUGUUUUGCCUGUCAUCCAUGCUGUCUUCGUCAGAUUUUCCACGCAGGACGAUGGUAUUCCGUAGACCUUCCUCAAAUCUUGUUGAGGAUUGGCGCUUUUGGUGCCUUACAUGUGCUUUGUCCUAUCCAUGUAUGAAGUUCAUCCACACUAUUGCCAAAAGUAUUGGCUCACCCGAUUCAACUUUCAAGUUAUGUGCCAUUAUUUAUCUAAUACUGUCCCUCUUUCAAACUACACUUUUCACUGAUAUGAUUUGAAACUGUAUAGACCCUAAAUUUAAAAUUUAAUUUAAAACAGCCUCAGGAGUUGUUUUCAUCAUUGUUGACUUUAGCGAAGGUGUCAAAGCGGUAAGGAAAGUCCGUACCUGCUUAUUCACCUUUAUUACUCCUACGUAAUAAUGCAACUUUUUUUUGUCUCAUAACAGUAUAACUUUAAUCUCGUAGUGUUUUAAAAAAAAUAAUUUUUUUUUUUUUUAAUUUGGACACUGAUUAUGUCAGUUGUUUGUUCUUUUAAUCAUACCGGCUGCCACUGAUGAAAAUCUCGACUCUUCUUUCAAGUGCUUGUACUUCGCCGUGCUUGUUUAUUUUAUUCAUAAUAAACACUAUGUUUUUAUUAGUUUAACUGGUUAGUGGGUACAAAAUUUUUAUCUAAACACAUUUUGUGUUUGUUUUUGAAAGAUUUCUUGGAAAAAAAAAUACUUUUUACCCCCCCCUCAAUAUUUUAAGGCUAAGGGGCAGUUUAUAUGGUGGUUGGUUUAUAUGUUUAAAUGAUAUUGCAUUAAAUCGACUUUAAUAUUAGCUAACAUUAUCCAAAUAAUUGAUAUUGCAUCAUCAUAAAAUUGUAUAAAGUGUAACAAUAAGGAUAUACGUCAGAUACUUUACAGAAGCAACAAAAUUGUUCCAAGAAGAAAGUUUUUUUGGGAACUCUAAAAUUGAAUAAAUAAAUUGGAGAAAAAGUUGGCUGUUACCAUACAUAUAUUGUAUUUCCAAUCAAGCGAAUGUAGUACAUUCAAAUAUUUUGCAUAAAAUACUAGUAUAGCCAACAAAUCAUUCUCUUGCUAAAUUUAUUGAUAUUACUGUGACCUCCAGUGGUAAAAUUUGGUACUGCAGAGCUGGGGGGAAAUAUAAGUUUGUUGGCAUGCUUUUAAAGUAUGGAAGUAUAUACCUCUGUGUCUUUAGAUUUCAAUCCCCCCCAAAAAGUAGCUUCAAUCAAAAAAAAAAAUUGUUUGAAUGCAAAAAUAAAUUUAAAACUCAAAAAAUGCAUUUGAAAACAUUUUUCUUGAUGGAUUUUUUUUUUUAUUGAAACAACUUUUUUGAUUGAUGUAAUGUUGUUUUGCGUUUGGGCCACAUUUUGGCAAGGACAUUUGUGUCUUUAGUAUUCCAUCAAAAAAUAAGUUGCUUCAAACAAAAAAGAAAAAAAUUCAGUCAUAGAAAAAAAGUUUUUCAAUGCGAAAAAAUAUUGGAGACUCCAAAAUUUGCAUUUGAACACUUAAUUUUUUAUUGAUCUUUUUUUGUGUUUGGGCCAUAUUAUGGGUAGGAUAUCUCAAUCACCCAAAAAGUUGCCUCCAAAAAAAAAAAAAAAAAGAAAUUCAAUCUAAAUAUUUUCAAUCGAAGAAAAAAAUCAUUUAAAAAAUUAAAAUUAGCCUCUCCUAUUUUUUUUAAAUAAUAUAUUUAUUGGAUUUUUUUUUUUUAAGUGUCACUUUUUUUUCUUUUUUUUUUUUUGAAGUACAAAAAGUUUUUAACUACCUUGUAAUAACUAGCUGUCGAAUGCAUUUUUUGAGUUUCAAAUUUAUUUUUGCAUUUAAACACGUUUUUUUUUUUGAUUGAAUAAUAAAGAAUAACAAAUCUACCUCCAUAGUAAUACCUGGUUUUAAAACCAUCGUUAUAUCUUAGCCAGUUAAAAUAAAAAUUCAUGCUUAAAAAAAAUAAUAAAAACGACCAACACAUACGUGUUAAUAUUUGUACAUUUUAUUUUAUUUAUUCAUUGCUUUUGACUAUACUACAAAAUUAGUCCGGAAAAAAAGUACAAAGAUGAGUUUAAAAAAAAAGGCAAGAAUCCAUCACAAAAUGUGCCACUUUUGACAUUUUCCAUUUCACUGUUAUGUUAAAAUUUAAAACCAUAUAAAUAUACUUAUGAUAAGGAACAAAAAUAGGCUAAAACUGUUUCAUACAAAAAAAUAAUUAUAAUGCCAAAUGGAGACCUGGUAAUAAAGUUCAAUCAUUUAAAAGAUUGUACAAGGGAUCAUUUCAUACAUAUUCAGCCGGAAAAACUUUGCCAAUACUACUUUGUGGGGGGAUUUUUUUGUACUGAAAUACAAAGUAACGUUGAUUGAAAUAAUGAAAUAAAAUAAUGAGGAACUGCUUGCAUCAGACUGCCAUCUAAAGGACUAAAUAGUGAAUUGCCGGAUCUUGAUUCCAGAAUUGGAGGAUAUUUGAUGGUACUAAAACGGUAUAUUGACUUAUUUACCUGAGUUGUUUCGCCUUAGCAGUAACCUCAAAGCUAACAUCAAUGCAGAUCUGCAACCCUAUUGUGCAUAUGACCAAAAUAAGAAUAUUUUUAUUGACUAGCAUUACUCACUAUUCAUAUUGGGGACAUUCUUGGGUCACUUCCUUUUCAGUCAGCCAAAAUCAACUAGAGGUUACCCGUAAAUUCCCCAAAAUCAACAGGAAGUGACUUGUAAAUGCCCCGAACGGAAAAGGAAAUGACCGAAAAUCUGUAGGGAAAUGUUGAUUUUGUGUCACUUUCUAUUUGUGUGGGAACAUUCUCGAGUCAUUUUGAGGGCCAAAGUGGGACUCAUUUUUAGCUCAGGAAUUUCAUGCCUUUUUAGCUCCUAAAGCAUACAAACAUACAUAAGUGUACUACCCAAAACUGCAUUUCUGUGUGCACUGCCCGACAGCUGGCUAACAUUGAAUGUUCUUCAAUAAAAGACAAGGCUCGGUC